AUGGCACCUUCAGCUACAGAAACAGUUCAGCAGGUGACGGAGCAGAUUCAGGAGAAGAUCGUUCCUGUCAAAGAUAGCGCACCCAAAGCGAACAAUGGCUACAAGACCGAGGCGGUCGAUGAAUAUGAGAAUCUGCCAGAGCUACGAACCGACCACAAGGAGCCUCUCAAGCUGAGUGGUGCUCUGGAUCAAUUUGUUUCAUUCGAUGUUACUCCAGUCAUUGGUCGCGAGUUCGUCAACGUGGAUCUCGCGAAAUGGCUGCGAGCUCCCAACUCUGAUGAGCUACUUCGUGAUUUGGCCAUAACUAUCUCCGAACGAGGUGUUGUUUUCUUCCGAAAGCAAGACAACAUCAAUGACGACCUCCAAAAAGAACUUGUACAACGUCUAGGAGAGCUAUCAGGCAAGCCUGCUACGUCAAAACUACAUAUCCACCCUAUCAACAACGCCGGCAGAGAUCACGGCGGAAAGGACGAUGAGAUCAGUGUCAUCUCGUCGGUUCAGGCCAAGAAGCUCUACGCUGAUCGGUUCUCGGGCUUUGGAGGUGGCAAUCGUCGCCAGAGCAGCAAGAACCAGUGGCACUCCGAUAUUACUUUUGAGCCUAUCCCGAGUGACUAUGCCCUCUUGAGGCUGACCCAGCUGCCCGAGACAGGUGGAGACACACUGUGGGCAUCAGGUUAUGAACUCUACGACCGGAUUUCACCGACCUUGCAACGCUUCCUUGACUCAUUGACAGCAUACUAUGCACAGCCACUAUUCAACCAGGCUGCAGAGAAGAAUAAGUUCGAUAUAUGGACUUCUGAGAGGGGUGCGCCGGAAAAUGUUGGCGAGAUUCUAGAGGCUAUUCAUCCUGUCAUCCGGACAAAUCCUGUGACCGGGUGGAAGAGCAUCUUCGCGGUUGGCCACCAUGUGCAACGUAUCCACGGCCUCUCAGAGGAAGAGUCGAAACACUUCCUUAGCUGGUUUGUUCAGCUCAUCGUUGAGAAUCACGACUUGCAGGUUAGGCUCAAGUGGAAGGAUGUCAAUGACUUGGCCAUCUGGGACAAUCGCAGCGUUUAUCACGCAGCAACACCAGACUAUAUCCAUGAAGGCAACCUGGGAGAGCGUACAGGAUCCCGGGCUGUCAGCUUGGGCGAGAGGCCGUAUUUUGACCCCUCAAGUAAGUCACGUCGAGAGGCGCUCGCGGCCGAGACGGCAGCGAAGACCGAACAGGUUAAGGCAACAUAA